UUGUCAGAUACUGUUCGAGUCAAAAAUUGGCAAGGCUAGCUAUAUCGAUAAAACAGUGACGGACAGACAUCCCAUAAUUCUUAAUCGUAUUCGGCAGUUUCUUUAUCGAGUACGGAAAUAAUUACAAUAGUACAGUAAGUCCACACCACAGCGCGGAUUUCUUGUGCGGAGUUUUGCAUCGGCUUGUUUUGUCGUGUAGUCGUGGGUGACAGUGCACCGGUGAAAGAAGCUUCGAUCAUCGACGUCAAGCAGAGUUUCGAGUCGUGGAUAUCUUGGAUUGAUUCAUCCCACGCGCGCUUCCACAUUUUACCGGUGUACGAGCAAUUUUUAUCACAUCGAAUCUGCUAGUUUCGAACCAGCAUCAUGGAAACGAGAACAGAGUUCAAACUUAAGAAUCCGCCGACUGAUGCCAUUUCGGCUGUUGAAUUUGGCCCUAACUCGACACAAUUUUUACUCGUUUCAUCUUGGGACAAUUCGGUUAGACUUUAUGAUAUACAAACAAAUACUUUGAGGGUGAAGUACAAUCACGAUCUACCAGUAUUAGAUGUAGCCUUUCAAGAUGCCGUUCAUGCAUACAGUGGUGGUUUGGGUCACGAAUUAAAAAUGUACGACAUAAACACAAACACCGAAACUAUCAUGGGAACUCACGACAAACCGAUUAGAAAAAUUGAAUUUUGUCCAGCAGUUAACGCAAUUUUAACAGGUGGGUGGGAUGCAGCUGUUAAACUUUGGGAUCCAAGGUCUCCAACGUGUGUAGGAAGCUACCUCCAACCCGAUGUUGUCUUUGCAUUAUCAACGUGUGGAGACAAGUUUGUAGUUGGCACGGCUAAGAGAAAAGUAUGUAUUUGGGACUUGAGGAACAUGGCAGGUAUGUUCCAAAGAAGAGAGAGUAGCUUAAAAUAUCAAACAAGAUGCAUCAAAGGUUUUCCAAAUGAACAAGGAUAUGUACUUAGUAGCAUAGAAGGAAGAGUGGCUGUUGAAUAUUUAGAUACAUCACCAGAAGCACAAAAAAAGAAAUAUGCCUUCAAAUGUCAUAGAAUUAAAGACAAUAAUAUUGAACACAUAUAUCCAGUUAAUGCCAUAAGUUUUCAUUCUGGAUAUAACACAUUCGCGACUGGUGGUUCAGAUGGAUAUGUUAAUAUUUGGGAUGGCUUUAACAAGAAGAGAUUGUGUCAAUUUCAUCGUUAUAAUGCUGGUGUAGCUUCGUUGAGCUUCAGUCAGGAUGGUUCAGUUCUAGCCAUUGGAGUUUCCUAUUUGAAUGAUGCAGAAAUACCGGCUGGCGCUACAGAUGAAAAGGAAGUGUACAUAAGAUAUGUUAAUGACCAAGAAACAAAACCAAAAUAAUAUUUUAGUUAAAAAAAUAAUCGCAUUAUUUGGUAAGAUUUAUUCUUAAGUCUUUCCUAAUAUAUUGUAUAAAAUAUAUUCCUAUAAAUUUGUAUAAAAAUUUCACGACUAAUAUAAAUUUAAAAUA